AUGGCUUGUUCACUGGCCCGAAAUCACGCGGGGUCACGGAACUUCCUGUCUGUAGUAAAGAAACUGCAUGAAAAUGAGAAAAAUGUUUUAUUAUUGACGGAACCAACUUUACACAUGUUGUCACACAAAGAGAGAGAAGGAUGUAAAUCCAUCUUGAACAAACUUCCUCAACAGGAUUUAAUAAAUCUCACGGAUACAGUAACGAACCGAGUAGUAUCGCCAGAAAAUACUAGUGGUAAGGUUUUACAAGUAUUUCGCUUUUUUGUAUAUAUCUUAGUGGAUGUUUUGGCGUGUAAUAUCACAGAGUAUGUUUACGAGUUGUGCCGUAUUUUGACGAGGAUGAGUGAAAAUACAAACAACGAGAACGAAUAUUCAGCAAUGCUACACACCAAAACGACUAAUAAGUAAUUUCUUCUUUCACUUCUUUAUUUUACAUCCAUUUUUUAUCAAGCGGGAAAAAAGUGAGGGGUAUUACAAGAUAAUUUGAUUUCAUCAACUGAGUUGAUACUGUAGACUGGCUACCAUAAAGAAUUUCUAAAGAAGACAUUUUGUCCAUAAGCCCUUCAUCAGAUGCUCAAAGGUCAGCCUUAGAAACUACUUCACAAGUGUUUUGAAACCCCACAAAUAAAUUAUCUUCUUGUCAAGUUUCUACGUCGUCCAACUCGUCCAUUUUCAUUGCUUUGUAUGCUACAGUAGAUUUUCAACUCAUUCUUUGAACCUUAGGAUUAAGUAAAAUAAGUACAUUUGUGUAUUCCUAGGUUAAGUUUACCUUCUAGUUUUCCUGUAUUUCUCACUUCGGCUGAUAACUAGUAACUAAACAUUUGGGAAAGGUUUCUAUAUAACCUCAUACUAUUCUAAACGAAAGCUGUAAUCCCAAAGGCAGUUUAUUCAUUUCACCAUCCACUAGCCCACUUUUGAAACAUGGAUAAAAUUAAACCAGAUCUAGAGCAGGACAAUUCAAACCUUCCUUAAUUCUGUUGAUCACCCUCCCUUACAGAGGCAGUCAAUGCCAUUCUAAGUUACAGCCAUACAGCCUCACAGUUGCUGAAAAGGAAGAAAGUAAAGAGAGAACAUAUUUAUCAGUACUUGGCAGAAAAAGGGAUAAUUGAACCUGUUGCAUCUGACAAGCCCACCUUGAUAAAAAGGGCAUUAUUGUAUUGGGGCUCUAGCAAAGAGGUGAGUUUCUAGGGUUUAUUUGAAUGCAAGUUUCAGUUGAGUAAGGUGAUUUGUGCUAUUAAAUAUGUGAUUUGAUUCCUCACCCGCUUUACCAAGCUUCAUUCUGUAACCUUUUGAUCCCUAAGAGUAACUAACAUCAAAUUUUUCCUUACAGUGUUGUGCUAUAAUCUAACUGACAGAAAAACACUGCAAUCCUACAAACUCAACUUCUUUGUUAAACAACAAGUGAUAUUCUUAAUAGGGAGUGACUCCUUAAGGCAGUACAGUACUUAUGCUCAAUAAACUCACUUAAGCCCACUACAGUUUAUAUCUUAGCUCACCACUGAGCCAAACUCACAGUUUUCUCCAAUGUUUCUUGAAAUUAGCAAUCUUCUGCUGUAGUUCUCUCCCACUUUCUAAACAGCUGGUCACUCCAGACAACAACAACUACAAUUACUAUAUAACUGGGUCCUUAUAUACAUUCACAGAGUGUUUUGGAACAUUUCAGAAGUUUACAAAAGAACUGUUUUAGUAGUAUUAUGUAAUAACUGUGUGACCUGACAAAAUGUUCCAGAAAGUUCUGUGGUAUGCAUGUCAGCUUGACUAAGCAGUCUGGAGAUUUCUAGAAGCUUAUACCUACAACAACAAUUACUCAUAACAACAGUAGUACCCCUGAGUCACAUUAAGGUCAUGAGUAAAGAGGAGAUGAUCACCAACUUAAGACUGAGGCUCUUGAUUGUUAAACAAAUUCUCCUUAUCAGCAUGUUAGGAAAUGUAUAGAGAACAGUAUGGAGAAUAUGCAUACUGAUGUUAGGUUGUAAAGGGUUAAUUAUGUUAAAAUGUUUGAACCCUCUCCAAAGAUUUUCAAUUCAUUCGCCAUGGAGUGGAGAGGAUGUUUCUUAGCAAACCCACCAUUUAGAGGUGUUAUAAAGACUUCCUCUUUAAACUUUAGAUUUUAAAGUACACUACAGUAGUACAAAUUAAACUUAGAAAUUCCUGAGAGCCUUUAGAAGCAAACUUUGCUAGACACGCAUGUCAUAGCAAACCAUAUCUUUGUUGUGAACUUCACAUUUGAGAAUCUGUCUCAAAAUAGAAAUUCCAUAAGACACGAUUUCUAAUAGUCGCAUACAGCCAAAUCCUUCAAUAGCACAUGUACUGACAUGGUGCCCUUCAAAAGAUAAGUUAUGCAUAAAUGACAUAAUAGACAUGACAGGUGUCAAGGAUGUAUGUGACUUCUCAUGGUAUACCUCUUGAUAUACCCUAAAAAUUCAGUGAGAUGUUGUGUUAGGACCCAGUGUUGUAAAGUAAAGCUUAUAUCUAUUCCUAGAACUGUACAAUGGAAGAAAUCCUGACAUGUAUGCUGGAUAAAAGAACUUGAACAGGUUUGUCAUGAAUUUGUCUUUUCUUUUUCUCUAUAGGAUAGCGAAGAGGAGAUUGAAAAUGAGUCUGAAAACCUGACAGCAUCAGAGCCUAAGUCAGCAAUUUCACGCAGUGAUACUAGCUGUGCAAAUCCUCCCUUUGACAACAGUGUUGAUGGACAGCAGUUAGCUGAAUAUUUUAUACCCUGGUUCUACAAAAUCUUGAACUCUUUCAAUACCCUCUCUGACAACACUUCACAGGAAUGGGGUCCACAGCAUUUUUGGGAAGAUGCAAAAGGAUCAGUGCUUGUAGUAUCUAAUGGACAAGUAUUUGAUGAGUGCCAAGGAGCGAUGGCAGUUAGUACAAAACUUCAAGAACUUGUUUGCAAAGAAAAAAUACUCUUUAAUGCAAAUUUAAGUGGGGCAAGGGGCCACAUAGAUGCUUAUGGACUUGUCAAAAUAUCAGUUGGAGGCACAGUCCAUAGAUUUUCCAACUGCCUUGGAAUUUUCGAACAAUCAUUCAGACUCAUUCGAGACCCACAGAUGCAAAAUAACUGGAAAAUUAAAUUUACUGAGCUAAAACUGAAAGCACAGCAACAACAAAAUGAAGUGGAAGGUAUCACAAAAAAGGCUAUUACAUAAACUAAGAAGAGAAUGUAAUAUCAAUAGACUGUAGUGUUAAUGUAAAUGUGUAGGACAAUGAUAGUGGACAGUGUCACUAUUUUAACACUAUGGCUGUUUUCUUAAAUAGCUAGUGUCACUUUUUUUCUUGUUUUCAAGUACUUGCCAAAUAUAUGAAUUAGUUCAAAACUUACCAUCUUUCUUUUUCUAUUUACAAACAUGACACUAUCGACAUUGCUGAUCCUAGCAGUAGGUAUCCAGUUAGAUUGCACCAUGGUUAGAUUGCUCUGACCAAAAGUUAGAUUGCUCCACUCGAAAGUUAGAUUGCUCCAUCAAAUAAGUUACUUUUCUCCAAACACAAGUUACUUCACUCCAUGUUGUAAUGUGAAGUAUUUCUUAGCAAUGAUCUUUAAAGUUCAUAGGUGAUGAUGUGUCUUACAAUGAUAUAUAGGUGGCUAGAUGUAUAGUGAUGAUGGAAUAAAUGAUUGUGGCUGCACUUUGUGAGUCCAUUACAUGAGGUUUUAUUUGUUUUUUCUGUGUAGCUUGGAUUUAUUUCAAGAGCACGUGAGCAAUAUUAAUUUAUUGUUAGAUAAGAUAUACAUAUCAUUUAGUGAAUUAUCAAUUUAGAUAGCUUAGUUUUGCUACCUUUACCUUAGUUUUCUACAUGGAGCGAAGUAACUUAUGUUAGGAGUGACAUAACUUAUUUGAUGGAGCAAUCUAACUUUUGAGUGGAGCAAUCUAACCUUUGGUUGGAGCAAUCUAACUGGGAGCAAUCUAACCAUGGUGUGAUCGACCAUAAUUUUAGCAGUAUACAGGAGGAGUGUCAUAUGAACAUAGUAAUAGGCUCUGCUCACUAUAGAGUCUCUGUGGCUCAGUGGUAGAGCAUCAGAGUGUGGACUCUGAAAGUCUGAGCUUCGAUUCCUCAUAGAGACUUGGAAUUCUUCCUUUGUCCUACACUUGUGAUGAGAUGAAAAAACAUAUUUCUCUAUUUCUUUACCAAGCUCAAAACUUACCAUCUCUCUUAUCCUAUUUAUAUGAAUUACAUAGAGGAGUUUGUGUCUUUUAUACACUGUUGAUUGAAUGAAAAUAUCUUUGACCCUUUCACACCAGAGAUCUCAUUAGUGAGUUUCCUUACUGUCUGCCAAACAAUUCUUAUGAGGUUUGUUUGGAGAAUUUGUUAUUGAAUCAACAAAUCAUUGUCUGACUGAUAUUUUUCUUUAUUCCCAUUGUAUUGUACUGAAGUUUGACCACUGAGGAAUAUCAAAAGAUAUUCUGCAGUUUAGGUUGGGGGAUUUUGGUCUCUUGAUGUGAUUAGAACAACCAUAUUCAACUGAUAUUUGAUGAAUAAUAAUACUAUCUAUUGGGUAUACAAAAUUAUAGAAUGAAAUAUCCUCAAUAAAUAACAAAAACACUCUUGACGAUCAAAAUAUUUGUGAAAAGUGAAAAUAUACCAUUUAUCACGUGAAAAUAUCUAUUCAGCC